GCUUUUUUGCUGUUCUUAUUGCCAAUUUGCUGUCGCCGUUGCUUAAGCUCCCUAUUAUUGGCAACAACUGGUUAAGCUAAUAAAAUACAAUGUAAAAUGAAGUGAAGUAUAAACAAUGAAGUAAAACAGAACUGUCUUAACUGUUGUAAACGUACUCUUACAGUAUAGCUGUACAUUUUGCUUUGGCAGGUACAUUUUGUGGAGUAUUCAGACGGCAAGCUUUAGACAGAGGAGCAAUGGCUUUAAAGGUUGAUAAAAUAGUUACAGGUCAGUUAGCUGCUUUAAUAUGAGCAAAUGGAUAAAUUAUUACCGACAUACUUAGUAUCUUUAAAUAUAAUGUCAUUGCAUCAAUGAAUGUUACUGUGGUUUUACAACACUCAAAAAUGGAGUGCUUGUCAUAGUUUGUCAAUAAUGUUACUUGUUAUCACAUUUAAAGGUCACAAUGCAGAUGAUAUAGCAGAAACAGUGAUUAUGAAUGGUGAGGGCUACGUUCCUUAGUAAUUAAUAGUAGAUAGUUAGAAAUCAAGUAAAAAACUUCGAAAGAAACACUGACAAAUGAAUAAAUUUCUUUUGUCAAUAAAACUUAGUUUAGGUCCAGUUUAAAAGAGCCCAUUUUUCUAAGUUUUACUCUUGUAACUACGUUAAAAGUUCUUUGCCAAGACACUUUUAACUUUUUCUUCAUAUGAUCUUUGGUUCAAUCAUGAUAGUCCACCAAGUGUGUCAAAGUUUGGCAGUGCUUUGUGCUGUUGAACUAAGUAAACAUUUCUAUCGUUUUCUGCUUUAGUCUUACGAGGGGAUAUAGCCAGACUUAGGCGAUGUACAGCUAUCAUGACCGUAAGUACCACUUGUAUUGUGAACUUUUGUAUUGUUACUGUUGUUCUAUGUAAGUUGCUAAUUUUUGAGCUAGCAAGUUACAUAGAACUACAUGUAAAGUGUAAAAACAAAGUGCUUACACUUUAGUUAUACCCCAAUUAAACCCUCCUUCUCUAGGGUUAUGAGUUUUACUUGUGGGUGGGAAAUACCAUCUACCGUUGACUCACUCUUUGCCCACGUAGUUAGCGGGAUUGUUUUUGCUUGUGUGAGAGUUUUGGCGAGGAAGCUGCAAUUAUCACGGCUUUGCUUACACUAUGACAAUCCCGCCGGCUAGGCAGGCUACUUCAGUGUGACAAGGGGCCAGUGCUCAAAAUGUCAGGUUUUGUAUCUUUUUUUCUGGCAGCAAAUCGACUUCGUCAAGUUUAAUAAUUUUUGUGUUUCAAUCCCCGGCCGAUGCAGCAUUAACCGUUUCGUUUAUGUUCUUUUUCUCAGUUUCUACUUGUUAUAACCUGAGACGGACUUAAGUAUUGUAUGAACGUAGAGCCUUUAUUGCUAGCAUUACUGCUAAAACACCAGUGGGAUUUUUAGCCUUUUCCUGCUGCUCAUAGAGCCAGGGGUAAAAAGACUCAAAUUCCUCUUUUAAAGGUGUGGCUGAAGGGAACAUAAUAUUUGACCACGUGAUCUUUUUGUUGAACGUAGAGUCGCUUGCAAUAAAAGUGAUUAGUUCCAUUUGUUUGUAAUAUGCAGGGUACAGAGGGUGCCAUUCCUCGUUGUAAACCAUUCAAGUACACUUACGAAUUGACAGAGUAGUUAUCAACCAAGUGGCUCAUGCGAUGUUUUGUGAUUUGCUAAUAGCACUUGUGCUGCAUGCACGCUAAAAACCAACUAGAAGUAAAACCAAAACCAAUGAUGACUUGCUGCCCGGCUCCUUUUUCCGCACUCAGGUGCGGCUACAUGAGCUGGCUUUGAAAUGUGAUUGGCUCAUCGAAUUUUAUUUCGCACAUUUUCAAUGGCCGGAGUGCGUUAUAACCGUCAUUACCCGUAAUAUUUUGUGAUAACUUAAUCUCGCGACAUGUCGCUUUUUUGCAAAGAUAUAAAGUCAAGCUUCGACAAAGUUUAAAAUUUGAAAGAUACUGUUAAUGCGUACUCUAAAAUCGUCAAAUUUGAAAGCUGUCGGGAAAACAUUCACGAAAAAGUAGUACGCAUUCUAUAAAGUACGUUGCGGUUUUGUUUAUUUUAGUUACAUUGUACCAAGGCUUGCAGAACGCAUGGAAGCAAUACCCAGUAAUUUUCCUGUUUUCCUGCAGUCAGAGAGACUUUAAUAAUUGUGGGUACUUACCAUUUACAUGGAAAGUUCGGUUGGAAAAUCAGUUGGUUCGUACCAUUCUGUUCGGGGAGCUUCGGAAAAUAUAUGGGCUUUGAUUUGAGGCUAAUCCAUAUUUCCGUUCUUUUUAGUUUGUUAGUUCCUUGCGAGUAGUGGUUUUUCUAGGCCGGACGUAGCUUAGCGCCCGGCCUGGAAAAGCAACUGCUUGCAGGGUAUUUGUUCAGCUGAUUUGAAUGUGCUUUGUAGCGGGUCGUCCUCCCACCAAGUCAAAUUUUAUAGUUUUAUGUUUACCAAUGCACACUGGGUGGUCUGUGUAAAAUGGUAAGCAACCCGUGUCACCCUUUGUUCUGUUUCUUCAAAGACACGUUGAAGUAAAUGAAGUUUUCAUGCUGUGUCUAGUAUUUACAUUCUCUAAGGCAUGAAAAAGAAUGUAUGCGGAGGACAUCAUUUACUUAUUUUGAUUUUGGAUGCUGAAACCCAUCACAGACGUGUGUUUUGGAGCCGUUCUGUGUGUUACAGUGUUUACUGAGUCGAGUUGAACUUUCCUCUUGGAAAUGACAUUCAGCGCAUUUUUUCAUUAUACCCAGGUACGCGUACUUUAAAAAACUGGAUUACUUUUCAACAGAAUGUAUUUAUUCACCGAAUGCUUACAGGUAAGCUGUGAAACCAGGCCUUCUUGCUUAUUCUUUCUCAUUCAAAGCUGGGAAUUUACUCCAAAGAGCGUUCUUCUAAAAAAAACCGGUUCUUAGGAGCGAUAAUAGGAAGCUUUAGCAUCGACAAUGCCAACGGCAGCGAAAACGCCACUUUUAGAGUGAAUUCGGUUUUUUUCCAGUUCGCUGAAAAUCGAUGUUUACGUCCUCCAUAAAGGUUAUGUUACACGAGACGAUUCGCAAAGACGAUUUUUAGCGCAACACAUCGUUGUAUCAUUGUUGUGACAUUGUUUUGAAUGGUUGCAACAUUGUUCCAUUAUUGCAACGCUGUGUUACAAUAAUUAUUGACCACUCCAGAAAAUACCAUAACAUACCAUAAUGCUCUUUGUUUGUCACCCCAAAUUUUGCAUAAGCAUUGUUUUCAGUUUCUCUUAGGGCCAUUUUAACUCUCAAGAGAAACUGAAGACAAUGCUUCUGCAAAAUUUUGGGGUGACAAACAAAGAGCAUUAUGGUAUGUUAUGGUAUUUCUGGAGUGGUCAAUAAAAAUCGUUGUUGCGAAUCGUUUCGUGGAACAUCACUUUAAAACGUGAAAAUGCGUGCUGCACGUGCAAAUUUGUUGUUUUGCUUAAUAAAAGUAUUGCUUUUUUGACGUUCUUGUCUCGUCGUCUAAUAAUGAAAAGCGGCUUUUGUAUGUUUUAUUUGACAUUGCCGAUGCUGAGAUUGUUUCUGCUUUGGAUCUCUAAGGGGAUAUAGAUCCUAAAAUCUAACUUUAUUGCAUGUUGUUUUUAUAUGUGUGUUGUCGUUUGUAAACAUACCAAAGAAAACAAACACUGCGUAGCACAUUGUUUUCAACAAAAGAGAAGUUCUAAAUAAGCGCCGCCCCUGGAUAAACGCCAUCGACUUGUCGAAAAAUUUAUAAGCGCAUCGACUAAAUUUCGUAGUCAAACUUCGCGAAUACGAUUACCUUCAAGACACUGAUUUUUGAAGGCGUAUGGGUGUCGCCUUAGAUGGAAAACGGAAGAACUUUUCUUUGACCGUUGAUAAUUCUGUAUACAGACUGAAUUUGAUGUUUUAGUGGUUUAGUUUCAGAGAGUUACGGAUAGCCUCUAGAAAAAAGUAUUUAAACACAUUUCUCCACUCUGUUUUAGGUUCUGAGGAGGCUGAGGUUUUUUUGUACUCACGAAACCUCAUAAUUCUAUUUCAACAGGGGUCACGCACGGACUUAUCUAAAGGAUCUAGAAAGAAUACGCCCAAGCUCGAUUUUAGGUGAGUAUUAUUAAAAUAAGCGAUGUUGAACAAUUAAAAUCACCGUCUUCAGAAAUUCUGUUGGAGUAACAUUACCAGAAUUAAAGGAAUUGCCUUUGUCUGGGUACGCGCUGGGUUUUCUCAACACUCGGUGUCUAUUAUUUGCUACAGAUAUCAUCCAUUCUGGUGAGAGUCUAUCUGUCAAGAAAGAUGUCAAGAUGCCCGUCCAAGGUACUGUGUACAGGUUCCAUGAUUUUCCUGUCUCUUUGGAAUAACCGAUUCUCAUCGACUUUCAAAUACAGACCCCGUCCACACGAAUUUGGAGAUUUUUGAAACCGCAUAUCUUUUUACCCGGAUUCGUCAGUGGACGGAUCUUUAGCCCGGGGGCGAGGGGGAUUUUAAGUGACAGUGUCCUUUUUCUUUGCACGGGCUUCACGUGAUGCACUUGCCAAUCGGCUUUUUCUUCUGGUCAGUGCAUAAUAAGCGCAUGUGAGAACGAGCGAACCAGGGAAAAGGUGGCAUAAAACUGGUUUAGUCUUCGCGUUUUCCUUGGUUCAAAAGUCUGGUGUCCAUUUAUUAACUUAUUAACUUGUUGUAAAGAAAAGUUCACCGUAGUGGAAAACAUGUUUCAGACUCUCCUCUCUCGCCCCUUCUCCGCACCAAGGAUUAAACCUGUUCCACACGUAUAGCAUAAACUACCAUUCAUUGACUUUCGUUUGGAAUUGUCACACGUUAAGGGUGGAUUUGUUUGAGGCAAACGCGUAUAUUUGUCGCCCUUUUAUCGAGUACCUGUUUUCAAAUAAACGCUUUCAUAAGCCCCUAUAAAACACUACUCGUGCAAGACCCCGGUAUGUUCAAAUGGAUAUUAAAUGUCGUGCUGUUUCCAACAACUCUGGCUACUGUUCAGUCCAAAAUGGAGAAUUUUAACAAAGUUACUUAAACUCUGCAGAGAGUAAAGAAUAUCAAUACGCUUACCUGUUUGGGAAGUUAGAAGUUUGCCACGUUAACGUGAACGUCAUUCUCGUUCCUACAGAGUACUUGUUGAACCCAAGUGGCUAAGAAGACGAAUGCGCGUGCUGCAUUUACAUUUGAAACGUUCAUUCACAAAUUUAUUAAGAAAAUACAAAUUAUGUGUAAGGAGGGCUUUACAAUAGGAUACUUGCACGAUGACGUCAUUUUACCACAACCACAAGAAUUCUUCAAUUUGUUGCCUUCUUGUGCAAAUUGGGUUAUUGUCUUUAAACCUCAGCGGAAAUGACAAACGAAAUUAAUUCUGGUACAAAUAACCGUAAAAUUCCGAAAAUAAGCCCCUCCAUGUAUAAGUUCCUCCGAUUAUAAGCCCCUCAAACUCGUAAAGCAAAAAACCCUCUGUUAAAUCGCCCCUCCAAAUAUAAGCCCCGCCCGGGGGCUUGUACUUGGAAAUUGCCCUCAAAUACAAAGUAAAACAAAGCAAAAACGGUAAAUUUCCUUCCAACUAUAAGGCUAGCCCAAUCGAUUUUGAAACGCAAAUUUCCCUCCGUAGAUAAGCCCCUCCACAAAUAAGCCCCUCAAUAACUGGGUCUUUGAAAAAUAUGAGGCCCGGGGCUUAUUUUCGGAAUUUUACGGUUUGUAGUUGCAGUCAAAUGUCGUCAUCAUCAUGGAAAUGGCCUAUGGCAUGGAUAACCCGGUAAUUCCAAUGAGAAUUCAAAUGGAAGGCGUCAUCCCGUAGAAAUUUUUCGGAAAAAGGUGAUACAUGUCUUCCGAGGUGUUACUUUUUUCCCGCUUUUGCCGAAAAGACGGAAAUUUUCUGUACCGUUUGUGUGGAUUUCUAGUGCCAGGCUUCCUCCAUAGAGGUGUGUGUGCUUUUUGCAAAUAUAAAAGCCAUCCAGAGUUUUGAUGCUUAAACCUGAAAGCAUAAACGAAGCUUAACGAUUUCAUUCACUGCAAGAGAAAAGUAAAGAUCGAAGGUUUUUAACGCUUACUUGUCUGAUGCUGUAGGUAUUUGCAAGAGGUGUGGAUAUAUCUCAAGUCAGCCUUUGUGUAAGGCGUGUGUACUUCUAGAGGGAUUGAAUAAAGGACUACCAAGGUAUGGUAGCGAAAAAGGCCAUUUCCGAGUUUCAAGAACCCUCACUUUGAAAACUAGGCUAAGUGCAAAACCCUUUCUUGUGAAAAUGAGUUUCUUUUGCAUCAAGAGGAAAAAUCAUUUUCAUAUCAAUGGCUUUGCACUGAGCCUCGCCCUUGAAACAGAGGCUUGUGGCAACUCGGAAAUGGCCUAUUGGAUAAGUUACACAGGGAACCAUAGAACAAAUGUUUUCUUGGUGGCCCUUACUACACCGUGCGCUGGACCAGUAUGUCUGCUAAAAUCACUGGCACCCUUUCAAACUGGGUGUGAUAGAUGAACCUUGAAAAUAACUAAGCUAUCCGGUAGACGUGGAGGCUUCUUGAGAAAACGUCAAAGUUUUCUAGUUGGUUUGGGCAGAAGUGCUUUUAGCUUGGAACUGCAGUCGCUUUUCAUAAUCUUUGGACUCUUUUGUUCUUCAGGUUGGGUAUUGGAAAAACAACCAAAGCUCAGGUAAGUUACCCAGAAUUCAGCAAGGGAAGUUAGGGUUCUUAUCAGAUCCACCAAGAUCCACCGAGAUCCACCUGACCUUCUCCGCUGCUAGAGCCCAGGGACAAGCAUCAGGGCGACUAAGUUUUUUUCUUCGAUGAGACGCCAUUGUACCCUGCGAGCAGAGGCUACAUUUUCGCGGUAUGAGAAAAGUGCACGCCAGCUCAUACCGCGAAAAUGUAGCCUCUGCUCGCAGGGUAACGCCAAUGAGAAUUUCAUGUCCGGAUUGAAUGACACUGGUUUUAAGAUAUUUAGUCUUUGGGAAAUUUUCCUUAAUUCACUGAAAUUUUAGUCUCAUAAUUUUUUAUAUUUGGGUUUCUCCAGUUUUGUGUUCUGUUUGAGUAUAAGCCAACUCAUUUAGAACUCUUCUGUUUUUCCUUCAGAUUCCUUUUGAUUAGAUCGUAUUCAAUUAAUUAAUCGUUUAAAACAUAUCGUACUCAUAGUUUUAUUGAUCUCUUCAUCUUUAGAUUGAAAUUUUGAGUAGUGCUGAUAGUGGUUCCAGUCAGCCCAGUGGCGGAGAUAACAGCAGCUCUGCUAAGUCUCUUGAUUUUUGA